AUGGCGGCCGGCGGCGGCCCGGUGCGGCUGCGGCUGGUGUUCGACCACCCUCCGCCGGCCAGCCCGGGCUGCGCGCUGUGCUGGCUGCUGCUGGAGCCGGGCCAGGCGCGGCUCGUCACCGACCUGCUCAGCCUCAUCCGCCAUCGCUUCGGCUUCAGCCGCCGCGCCCGCCUCAGCCUCUUCCUCGAGGGGGCGCUGCUGCCGCCCGGCGAGAGCGCGCGCCUCGUGCGGGACAACGACUCGCUGCGAGUAAAAUUGGAAGAGAUAGUUGCAGAUGAUUAUGAAGACAUAGAUGAUGUCUUUAUUUACACAACAAAAGAAGACAAAAAAAGGCACAGACAUAAGGAGGAUGAGGAAGAAUUGUCUAGGAAUGAAGGCAAGCAUAAGAGGAAAAAGAAAAAGGAGAAGCAUAACCUUGAGUAUUCCUCUUGUAGGGAAGAGACCUCUGUAGAUACUUGGGCCUCUCAGAAAAGGUACACGAAAAGAAAAAGAAAGGAAGAAGUUAGGGGAAGAAAUAGACUCGCAGAAGGUAAGGAAGAGAGCUCUACUUCCCAUUCUAAAAAGAUGAAAAAAACAGAGAGGGAGAAGCAGUUGGCAACAAAAAAGAAGGAUGAAAAGCAGACAAAGGUUGCUGCAGCAAAGAUGGCUUUAGAACGGGCAAAUGAGAGCUUUUCUCUAAAUUCUGGUAAAAAUAGCACCAAAAAGAUCACAACACAGUCCAGGAAAAAGAGGGUGGGAGCUUCAGAUUCCUCCAGCACAUCGUCUGACAGUGACAGCAGUGAAUUAAAUGUAAAGGAAAAUAAAUCUUCCCAUAAACCUAUAGUGGUGACACUUCCCAAAGACAAAUCCCAAGCUGCUUCAGAUUCUGAUGUGAAAACUAAUAAAGUGACUGUAAAGUCUAACACUGAAAAGACUAAGACUGCAAUUAGUAAAAAUGCUAAAAAACCCCAGUCUUCUAGUUCAGAUUCUGACUCGAGUACAGAGGAUGAGAAGGUGACACCAGCACAAGACAGCACUGCAAAGGAAAAAUCAGUGCCAAACCAUGUGGUGGCUGUAAAAGCCAGCACCAAAGCUCCCAAAGCACAGAGCUCCUCUUCAGACUCUGAUAGUUCAGAUUCAGACACACUUGUCAUUAAAAAAUCUGCAGCAGGUGCUGGACUGGGUAAUUCCAUAGUAAGGAACUGCACUAAACAAUUGCCAGCCAGUGUCCAAGGACCGUUUGCCAGCCCGAGCCGUGGAAGGGGGCGUGGAACAGGAGAGGAUAACUUCUGGAGAGGACCUAGGGGCCGUGGGUUUCGUGGGAUGAUGAGGGGCCAUGGGAGAGGAGCAAACCCUGGCUUCUUCUAUAACUACAGCAGUGAAGGCCAGAAACAGAGGCAGUUAAAUGAAGCUGCAACAAACGCUUCUGUCCUUGUCCAGAAUCCCAUGGAGAUUCCCAAGAGAGACUAUAGUGUGUUACCUCUUCUAGCUGCUCCACCCCGAGUGGGAGAAAAAAUUGCCUUUAAGCGCCUGGAACUAACUGAAAAUUACAGUCCUGAAGUUUCAGACUAUAAGGAGGCAAAAAUAAUCAGUUGGAAUGCUGAAAAAAAGCAGAUUGAACUUGAGAUCCUUUCAACAUCAGCAGGACAAUUUGCUAAGGAGCCAGGGAAGUUUGACCUGGUGUACCAGUCUGCAGACGGAGAGGAGCUGAUCGAGUAUGCGGUGCCUCAGGACACCAAGAUAACUGAAAGCUGGGAUGCGCUGAUAGAGCCAAGACUGAUUGUGGAGCCUCCAGUUAAUGGAUCCAGCGUUGAAAAUGGAACAUCUAGUAUGUGAAAAGAUGUGAACAAUUGUACAGAUCUGUUCUGUGAAAUGCUGCCUUCUGGUUCUGAGGGUGGCAAGUGCACUGAUGGAUGUUACUGUCUUAAAAAGAAGUAGGCCAAAAGAAAAACAGUUUUUUCCCUUAGGCUAUGUUUUUAUGUAAUACAUGAAAACUUUGUUUAUUAUAGGAAGUGUAAUAUAGAUCUGUUGGGUUUGAAUAUUCCUACUGUACCAAGCUGCAGAACUGGAAUGGUUUGAUUAAAAGAUAAAACCCAACCCUGUACUGUGAGUAACUGUUUAAAUGUCUGGGUUUGGCUAGAGCUGUAUAACUGCCAGAGGUCACUUUCAUUUUAAAAUUUAUUAUAAAUAUUGUUGAUAUGCAAAACUGUCCCUCUGCUGCUGCCACAGCAUACAAAUGCUGUGACUUUGUAGUUACUUAAAGAGUUCACCUAAACGUAUGCAGUAAAGCCUGUGGAUUUCAAGCUUCUGUAAUUUUAAGGCAGAUAAACAGCACUGGUAACUGUCAACUUUUCUUAGAACCAGUGGAAAAUAACAUGAACCCCUGGCACAAUUGUGUCCUGCUGUGUUAAUCCAUGUAGGCUCUGAAAGCCUUUAUUGUUGGUUUUAGAGCAAACCCUCUUGCCCUUUAAGUGCUGAAGUUUCUGUGCUGCCUUUCUUCUUCCUGCUUCUUUCCUUUCUUCUUUCUUUCUUCUUUCUGCUUCUUUCCAGCAGCAGAAUGGGUCACCAGGUGCUGGCAAGGCACUGCACUGACAGCUCUAAUAAUUAUUAGCAUUGAGGGGGCACCUUGUACCUCUAGAGCCUUGGCAAGUCUUACACUUUCAGAUAAUCCCUGUGCUAGGUAGUUAAUUCCUACAGAAAAGACAUGUGAAAAAGCAAACCCUAGAUACAAACACACACCUGAAAAUUUGUACAUUAUGGUUUAGCUGUCAUGUACUCUGACCUAGUGCAUGAAUCCAUUAAAGUACUGUGUGUUUUUGUGUCA